AUGGUUCCAGAGAUGAUCAGUUAUGGUUCCAGAGAUGAUCAGAGGGACUGUCUGGGCUGUGAGGGUGACUGUGACCUGGGUAUUGGCUGUGAGGGUGGCUGUGACCUGGGCUGCCAUUACUACCUGGGUAUUGGCUGUGAGGGUGGCUGUGACCUGGGUAUUGGCUGUGAGGGUGGCUGUGACCUGGGUAUUGGCUGUGAGGGUGGCUGUGAUCUGGGUAUUGGCUGUGAGGGUGACUGUGACCUGGGUAUUGGCUGUGAGGGUGGCUGUGAUCUGGGUAUUGGCUGUGAGGGUGACUGUGACCUGGGCUGCCAUUACUACCUGGGUAUUGGCUGUGAGGGUGGCUGUGACCUGGGUAUUGGCUGUGAGGAUGACUGUGAUCUGGGUAUUGGCUGUGAGGGUGGCUGUGAUCUGGGUAUUGGCUGCAGGGUAUGGAUCUGCACAUGA